AUGCGUGGAUUUCUGGUACUUAGUUUCAUUGCUGUGGUGGCAGCGGGUAAAUUGGGCUACAAUUACCAGGCAACUGCUGGCGACCGCCGCUUUGCUGGACUCAUCGAUGCGGAAGCCACGGGAUUUAGCUCUACAAACGGGGCACAUCAGCAGCAGCAGCAGCAACAGCAGCAGCAGCAACAGCAACAACAGCUGCAACAGGAUAUCCAGCAGCAACAACAAGUUCCAGCCGCCGCCGAGGAGUUCAGCAAGGAAUUCUUUACUUAUGCCGCUCCCGAGGAGGACUUCACAGACCACGAUGCCACCGAACAGAUAGCCACCAUGCUGAAGCGCAAUCUUCGCGUGCUCUUCAUCAAAUCGCCGGAGCACCAAGGCCUCACCAAUGCCGCUCUGCAGCUGGCCAAGCAGGCCAGUGAGCAGCGCACAGCCGUCUAUGUCCUGACCAAGCAGGCGGAUAUCGGGGAACUGGCCCAGCGGUUGCAGACCGAGAAGCAGAGCCAGAGCAGCAAGCCAGAGGUGCACUUCGUCAAGUAUCGCACGCCCGAGGAUGCAGUGCGGGCACAGCAGCUCAUCCAGCAGCAAUUCGAUGCCCUGGGCGGCUCCUCCCGCAGCUCCGAUGAAGGUGUGGCUCCCGUGCUCGACUUUAGCUCAGCUCCAGGGGCCAUCAACGAGCAGCAUCAGAGUCCAGGCCUCAGUCAGGGAGAGGUUGCUCCCCAGUCAAAGUAUUUACCUUCGGCGUCGCUGCGCAGCACAUAG